AUGACUACAGAGUCAACACGCUCUGUAGAGCCCAUGACACCCAAUACCACAGUGGAGAAUAGCGGAUAUACCAUGAAACAGAGCCCGAGUCCGGCUCGAGAAGGGCUGAAGAGGAAGGCUGGUGAAGGAGUGAAUCCAGAAGACAAGGAGAAUGGCGGCAGCGUGGACAAGAAGGCCAAGGUAGAUGAUGCAUCGAUAGUAGAGCUGAAAGGUCGGAAAUUGAUAUUCAAGCAAGAACUAUCUUCACGUAAACUUCCUAGACGACAGCUGCUGAACUUCGAAGGAUGGCUCUUGGACGAAGUGGAAGCAGGGAGGACGGUCGGUGAGAUACCAGAGGAGUUUUGGGGACUGAUUGUGAUGGCCGGACAUGAACUUACCUCAAGUAAUGAGUCGUUGUUCAUCAAACAUCUUAAAUCCGCUUUGGACGUGGUCAAAAGUGGACAAGAUCCCUUACCCAACGAAUCGCUUACACCUCUCAUCCCUAAAUUAUUCACCCUGCAUCAAUACGGCUUCCUCCCAUCCGAUUUCUCCCCUUCCUCAUCUACUACCAAAGUUCCCGCGGCAUUGCAAAUACGUUGUUGGGAGGCGAAUGAUUUGCAGAAGUACUUUCCCUCAGAUCAGCUGGAAGAGCUAUCAAGGAGAAGGAAAGAGAGAGAACAAGCUAGAGAAGAAUGCGUGAAGAUUUUGAACGGUUUGGAUGAUAUCGAAAAACUGGAAUUGAUCAAGGGAGAUAAAGGCGAUAAGGGCAGUGUGAAGGAAGCGAAGGAGAAAGUAGUUGUCGCUAAGACGGAAGAAGUCGAAGAGUCACCUCGUAUAGCUAGAAGGAAAGAUAGGGAAGGAACUGCCAAUACCGUUGAGUCGAGAGGGAGAAGUGCAUCACCUACAAAGAAGGGGAAGAUGACUCCUGAAGAGGAGGAAGCAGCCAGGCUGAAGAAAGAGGAACGUGACGCUAGGAAAGCGGAAAUGGCUGAGAAGAAAGCUGCCAAGGAGAAGGAGAAAGAACGACGGGACGCUGUUGUAGCCAAACAAGCCAAAGCGAUGUUGGGCUUUUUCAAGGCGAAAGCACCCACUACACCCCCGAUCAGUCGGGCUAGUGAGGCGGGACCUUCUAGUAGCGACUACUCGAGAAUGUUUUUACCGAUGACCCAAAGACCAAACGUGCAUAUAGCAGAAAUAAAUCGAUGGACACCUAAAAAUCGCUUCAUCAACGGCGAUAUCUCUUCGGAAACGAAAGAUGUAGAUGUGCAGGACUGGCAGCCACUUGAUUUCAUCAAUGAACACCUUCGAAAGCAUGGCAAGCAAGUUCGCCCGUCUCGAAAAAAUCUUCCGAAAGGCCUCAAGAGUAUGCCUCCUCAUGGUUCAGUCGCAGAUGUAUACAAUACCCUGGAAGAUGCAGAAGAUCCACGUGAGGUGUUGAGACAGUUGAAAGAUAGGAAAAGGUUUCCGUGGAAAACACUUGCCUUUGACCAACAAACCAGACCACCUUACUGCGGCACCUUUACCAAGAAAUCGGUCGUAGUAGGACCGCGAACACCGUUUGCCCAAGAUCCGAUUAUCGAUUAUUCAUACGACUCAAGCGAUGAUUGGGUAGAUGAUGAAGGUGGGGAAGACGUGGAUGAUUUCGGUAAUGGGGAGGCUAAAGAGGAUGAGGAAGACGAAGAUGACGACGAGGAUGAGGGAGAAUUUGAUGAUUGGCUCGAUGAUGCUGAAGAUGUAGAAUUCACCCCUGUUGAUGGAGAUGUCGAACCUCUCACUGGACCCGAACAGGCUAGAUUACCGAUGAAGGUGGUUAAAAAAUCGCGGGAUGUGCCGAAAAAGGUGGUCAAGCUUACGCCGAGUUGGAAGGGACCUGUGUGGGAGAAGAUAAUAGGCGAAGAGGGCGUGGAUGGAUUGGAAGGGUAUAGAAUCCAGCUCCUGAAUAAGACGCCUCAUUCCAUCAAUCCAUUCACAUUCACCUCACCUGAACCUGUACAAUCGUUCAAAUCGUCUUUCAGCACGACCGUCAUCGGCACAACUCUCAACGUGCGAUGUCUCCUCUCCGUCGAGCCAAUAGUAGCCGCACCUGCACCACCACCUGUACCUGAGAAACCCAUUCAUGUACCCAAUUCGUCCUCUAUCUACUACAAACCCGUCUACCCCGCAUCCGCACCAGUGGUCGUUAAUGGUGAUAUCGCCAAUGGCACGACACAACCUAAAUUAAGACCUGCACCGAAAGUAGGGUUCCCGGAAGAACACCUUGCAGAGCUGUACAGACUUAUGGAUGGAAGUAAGAAGAUCAAACCGGAUCUGAUAUCUCAAUUACGUGAGAGAUUCGAGAAUGUAACUACGAAAGUGGCGAUCGAAGCGAAGUUGAGGGAAGUAGCGGUGAAAGAAGGUAAAGGCAAGGAAAGUCAGUGGAAGGUCAAAUCUGAAGCAUGGACUGCUAUAGGAUUGUCACCACCUGCACCGACCCCUACACCCGCUCCUGCGCCGGCCCAAGCUGCGAAUUCGAAGUCGGUCGCUGAUUUCUUCUCCUCGCCUGCUGCGCCCUCGUCCGACAUUGAGACUAAGAACAAGUCCAUUGGCGCUACGAUCGAUGAACCUAUGAUUAUCGAUGCGUAA